AUGGCGCAGCCGGUUGCGGAGACGCUGUCCGCCCAAAAGACCGAGGCGCAACGCGCGGUCGAAGACCUGUCAAAUCGCUACGGCAAUGUUGACGCCGACGAGGCUGAUGUCAUUGUGGCGCUUGGUGGAGAUGGCCUGAUGCUUCAGACGCUUCAUGCACAUAUGGGCAGAGGCAAGCCGAUCUAUGGCAUGAACCGGGGAUCGGUCGGCUUCCUCAUGAACGAAUACCAUGAACACGAUUUGCGCGACCGGCUUGCAAAUGCCGAUGUCACGACAAUACGCCCGCUGGAACUGACUGCCAUAGACGAGACCGGGAAGACACAUACGGCACUUGCGAUCAACGAGGUCUCGCUGCUUCGACAAACCUCACAAGCCGCGCGUCUGAAAAUUUCAGUCGAUGACAAGGUUCGCCUCGAGGAACUGGUCUGCGACGGCAUCAUUGUCGCGACACCGGCCGGCAGCACAGCCUACAAUUUGUCGGCACAUGGCCCGAUCCUCCCGAUCACUGCGCAACUGCUUGCGUUGACACCGAUCAGUGCCUUCCGUCCCAGACGCUGGCGCGGCGCCCUGCUGCCAAACUGGGCGAAGGUGGACAUCGAAAUCCUGGAAGCACACAAGCGCCCGGUCAGCGCGUCGGCGGACCACACCGAAAUUCGGCAUGUCACACAUGUCACUGUCAGGGAAUCGUCCAAGGCGCAGGGGGAGAUCAUGUUCGAUUCCGAUCAUGGCUGGGACGAACGCAUUUUGACGGAAAUGUUCCGUUACUGA